AGAGGGGGGGAUUUUGCGCUGAUUGUGUAGAGCGGGAGGCCGGUUGGCGGUGUGAUCCCCCCCGUAUCCGGGCGGUGUCGGGGUGGUAGGUGCUCCGGCGCUGUGUGACGGAGGAGACGGUGAGGAGGACUCGGAGGAGGAUGGAGGGGGACGCAGAGAAUGAGGCCGAGAGCCGGCCGGGCCCGGAGGAAAGGAGCGGGGAGAGGGAGGCCCUGAGCCUGCUGGAGACAUGCGGGGUGUGCCGGGCCAAUAUCCAGAGCCGGAGCCCCCGCCUGCUGCCCUGCUUGCACUCCGUGUGCGCCGCCUGCCUACCCGGAGCCCAGAGGUUCACCGCACUGCCCGGUCCGUCACUGGCAUCGGCACUUGUACCUCCUCCCAUAGAUGCCCCCGGUGCUCAUUGUGCAUAUGUGUCAUCUUUUGCUUCUCAAAUUGGGAUAAUCCGAUGUCCCAUGUGUAAUCAGGAGUGUGCUGACAAAGACAUCAUAGAAAACUACUUUGUGCGCGACACCACUGAAGUUCCCAGCAGCACUGUAGAGAAGCCGAGCCAGCAAGCUUGCACAAGCUGUGAGGACAACGCGGAGGCUCGUGGCUUCUGUGUAGAGUGUGUGGAAUGGCUGUGCAAAAACUGCAUCCAGGCCCAUCAGAGGGUAAAGUUCACCAAAGACCACACUGUGCGCCAGAAGGAGGAGGUGCCGCCUGAAGUUGGCGGCAACAGUCAGCGUCCGGUUUUUUGUCCGUUCCACAAAAAGGAGCAGCUGAAACUUUACUGUGAAACCUGCGACAAAUUGACAUGUCGGGACUGCCAGCUGCAAGAGCACAAAGAGCACAGGUACCAGUUUAUUGAAGAAGCUUUUCAGAGCCAGAAGGUGAUCAUUGACACGCUGAUAUCUAAGUUAAUGGAAAAGAACAAGUACAUAAAGUUUACUGGAGACCAAAUUCAGAAUCGAAUCCUUGAAGUUAAUCAGAACCAAAAACAGGUGGAGCAAGACAUUAAAGUAGCCAUCUUUACCCUUAUGGUGGAAAUCAAUAAGAAAGGGAAGGCUCUACUUAAUCAAUUGGAGACCCUGGCAACGGAUCAGCGCACAAAGCUCCUGAAGCAAAAGAACGAAGUGGAAGGUUUCUCCAAACAGCUGGAACAUGUGGUGUACUUCUCCAAGUGGGCUGUGUCCAGCGGAAGCAGCACGGCAUUACUCUACAGCAAGCGGCUUAUUACCUUUCGCCUCAAACAUUUGCUUCGCGCCCAUUGGGAUGUGGUUCCUGUGACCAGUCGUGUCCAAUUUUUGUGUGAUGCAAAUUCCUGGGCACAGCAUAUCUUUAGCCUAGGGUCACUGGUGAUUGAAGAGGGAGAUCCAGCACAGCAGACAGCUCUUACAGAUGGUAAAAACACUCAUGGCACAGCACCCAGCAACCAGCUGUCCAAAUUCCCAUCCCAGAUCAGCCUGGCGCAGCUCCGCCUCCAACACAUGCACCAGCAGCUCCUCGCUCAGCGCCAGCAGCAGGCACAACGCCGUCCCAGUGCCAAUGUCCCACCACAGCCUGUGGGCAUGAACAACCCGAGAGUACAAGGACCCAUCCAACAGCCGCCACAACCUGGCAAUCAGCAGGUCCAACGGUUUGUGAAUAUCCAAAAUGUCAAUCCGCGGGCCAACGGCAUGGUACUAUCCAAUCAGCAGGUCCGAUUCCCGCACAACGCACCUCCUCAACAGGAAAUUCAUAUGCAGAACAUGCCCAGGAGACCUGGGGGACCCAAUCCUAUUAGAGUGACCUAUGUGCCCCAACAUGCCAUGAAGCAGUGGCAAGUCGCUGGAAACCAAACCAUGGUCAACUCAGGCGCUGGGAACUCCCUUACUCCGUCCAGCCCAACAAUCACCAGUGUGGCCGGAGGUGACGGAAAGGUCUUCCCUUCCCCUGUUAUCGAGUUGGUGUCUUCGGCUGCCAAUUCCUUUAACCUCCCACCGCUGCCCGAUAUCGACAGUACAGAUAACAUUAUGGUGGACAAGAUGAUGCGGAAAGAUGGUAGAAUGGACAACCACCAUCAGAGAAUGAUGGCUCACCGAACCGUCCAAUCGCCAAACUCCUCUGUGCCUUCUCCAAUAGGUCCUUGUUCCUUGGCAGGUGUUCAUCCUCCAAUCCGUUCUUCAAGCGCGUCCAGUGUGGGCAGCCGAGGAAGUUCUGGAUCUUCCAGCAAACCGAGCGGAGGAGCCGACUCCACCCACAAAAUUCCAGUUGUCCGCCUGGAACCUAUCCGGAUCAAACCAGAGAACAACACUGACAGCGACUCCCUUGAAUACCCUGUGGUGGUGGUAAAACAAGGCAACCAACGCCCACAGCAGCGUCCUAGGAAUCCUCAAUACUCUGGAAACAGCAUUUUAACAUCCAUGCUUCUCGAUCGAAAUGCCAAUCGCACUACCAAACCAGACUUUGCACCGAGAAGGGACACUCCUGAUAGUACCGGCGACCGACAUGUUAUGCAUCAGAGUUUGUACCAGCGAGCCAAUGACUGGGGCUCCCAGGAUCAGGUGACCGAAAGUGGCGGGAAGGAGGAUGACCCUAAUGAAGAUUGGUGCGCGGUGUGUCAGAACGGAGGCGAGCUACUGUGCUGUGAAAAGUGCCCCAAAGUUUUUCACCUCUCCUGCCAUGUGCCAACACUAAUGAACUUCCCCAGCGGUGAAUGGAUCUGCACUUUUUGCCGAGAUCUUUCCAAACCUGAAGUGGAAUAUGACUGUGAUGACCCAUCUCUGGCAGAGAAACUGAAGCUGGGGGGUGCCACUUUAAUGGCACCAAUGGACCAGAGGAAGUGUGAAAGAGUUCUCUUAUACCUCUUCUGUCAGGAGAUAAGUCUGGCCUUCCAAGACCCGGUUCCCCUCACUGUGCCCGACUACUAUAAAAUUAUAAAAUGGCCAAUGGACUUGUCACACAUAAAGAGAAAACUUCAACUGAACGGUUCUCCUCACUACUCGCACCCGGAAGAGUUUGUGAGCGACAUUCGCCUGAUUUUCAAGAACUGUGCAGAAUUCAAUGAGCCUGACUCGGACGUGGCGAACGCAGGCAUUAAACUUGAGGCGUACUUUGAAGAGCUGCUAAAUAAGAUCUAUCAGGACAAAAGUUUCCCCAAAAUCGUGCAGAAGGACAACUGCGAAGAGAGCGAGGGCUCCGAUGACGAAUGUGUUCAACCGCGGAAAAAAAGAAAAGGGGACGAACGGAUGUUUUUCAGAUGAACUUCUUUGUGGGAAGCCGUGUACAGACAAUACCUUUUAGCUGUUUAGAACUAUUUGUGGACUGGCUGUGAGCCUGUGACUCUUUCCCUUCAGGCCUCAGCGUGUUGCGUUGUGUCGGCGCUCCCCUGUGAAAUGACAGUUGCUGACGUCGGGAGGGAUCGGAAUCCUCACGAGUGUAGAAAUGCGCACACCGGGACUUAUAUACUCUCUCCUUAAUUUACUGACCUACUAAUUCUAUUAUUGGCCUCAGUUCUGGAUGAUGUUUUAUUCUCGCUGUCCUGAAGACGCAGCUGAUCCUUCGACUGCUAUAAGAAAGAAACGUUACUCCAAAUUCCGCUAUCAACUUGUUUUGCCUAGAUGGUAUCUGGGUGGAAUUUGUUUGUUGGCCUCACACUGUCGCAGCGCCAUUUCACACCAAAUGAGAUUUGUCUCUUUAGAGACCGAUGUGAGAUUUUCCUU